CUGAGACAACAUACAGUUAAUAGCAGGAGAUUCUUCAUAAAGGGUCCAUUCAUGAGCUGGGACAAUGAGACACCAAAGCCUGUCCCUGAAGGGCGUGGCCUGAAUGGCGAGCUGAGCGGUCGCACUUCGCAUUGCUCUUGCUAGACUCCUUAUUACACUGAAUUAGUUCCCCUGUGGGCCCUUACUCACCUGAUUGGUGCCUUUGGUGCCGUGAAGACUUGGCUGCGGCUGCUGGAGGCUAUUGAGGCUGCUGGGUGGAGGAUCCUGCAGAGUCACGAGGCCGGUGGUCGGGCAGUAGCGGCUGUUCUUAGGAGCGGGCGGUGGUGCGUCCUGAGCACAGGUGACGAGGUACUGCUGAAGUCCAGAGGAGCCUGUGAGUGUGCUGACGCAGGGGCGGCUGGUGACGGGGACGGCAUAUCUGAGCCUGCAGGCCUGAGCUCCGCCAUUGUUGGGCUUCGUGGGCGGAGCCACCCUGUUACUGUGGUGACUCCCGCGCCUGGACUGAGUGGCGGGAGCGUGCUAGUGCUCCGGUGGGCUUGCUGCUGUGGGGAGAAAGGUGCUGGGGGCUCCCACUUACCCUGCCAUAUCUGUGGACUUCUGCAGUCACCUGGAAGAGCUCUUAUAGAGGUGGUCGGCUGUCCUAGUUAACCCUCUGCUGCCUGGCUGGGAAACACUGCUGUCUACUGUCAUCUGCUGCUGGAACACUGGGGGUCUCCUACCUGUACCUGCCCUAGGCUGAACAGUGAAUGCAACUUCCAGUGUUCUAUUCUCUCCCUGCCUCUGGGAUACCUACAUUACUGGACCUUGUUGUGGUGAGCCUGCCGGAUCAUAGCUAUUGCUGGACUUAAAGGACAACUGUAGUGGAACACUUUUAUAUAUGCCCGAGCCUCAAAAAUAAACAAAAUAAACUUAUACAUACCUUCCUACGAGCCCCCGUUGGUCCGGUACAGGCCUCACGGUCCGGCAGUGUUUACCUCAUUCCACUUCCUGGGGACCGGGAUGCCGCAGAGCCGUCGGCGUAUCACCAGCCGCAGCAAUGUCCCGCCCCGGCCAGUGAUAGGCUGAGCCCACUGUCAUGUAAGAAGCCGUCCAGCCUCCAGCUGUUGAAAAACUACAACUCCCAGCAUGCCCGGACAGUUGUUGGCUGUCUGGGCAUGCUGGGAGUUGUAGUUUUGCAACAGCUGGAGGUGCCCUGGUUGGGAAACACUGCUGCAGAGGGAGAGCAGCAUACAGGAAGACUGGCAGAAGCAGAGUCCCAGCCAGGCUUCAUGUGACAUCAUGCCUGCCGGGACCCGCCUCCUUCCACCCCUCAGAAAGACAGUGCUCCUGAGCUAAUGAAGAGGAAUGAAAAAAGGAUGCGACUCUGAAUGAUGGGAAUUCCUUCAGUCCGCUGAUGCUGGCCUCCCCGUCCUCCAUGAUAAACCAGGUGAAGUUUGAGGAUGAGCCUGAGGUCAGGGACCUCUUCAUCACCGUGGACGAGCCGGAGAGUCACAUCACAGCCAUCGAGACCUUCAUCACCUACAGGAUCGCAACAAAGACAACGCGCAGCGAAUUUGACUCCAGUGAGUUUGAAGUCAGAAGACGAUACCAAGAUUUCUUAUGGUUAAAAAGCCGACUAGAAGAUGCCCAUCCGACCUUAAUAAUCCCGCCUCUUCCGGAGAAAUUCAUAGUGAAGGGAAUGGUGGAACGGUUCAAUGACGACUUCAUUGAGACGCGCAGGAAGGCCUUGCAUAAAUUUUUGAACAGAAUCGCUGAUCAUCCCACAUUAACCUUUAAUGAAGACUUCAAGAUCUUCCUGACGGCGCAGGCCUGGGAGCUGACGUCUCACAAAAAGCAGGGUCCGGGGCUGCUCAGCAGAAUGGGGCAGACCAUCAAAGCCGUCGCAUCCUCUGUGCGAGGGGUUAAAAAUCGCCCUGAAGAGUUUACGGAGCUGGGAGAAUACGUGGACGAUUUUGGACAGAAGAUAUCGGUAUUAGACAAAGUGUCCCAGAGAAUUCAUAAGGAAGAGAAAGAUUAUUACGAGGAGCUGAAGGAGUACGGUCCGAUCUACACCUUGUGGUCGGCCUCGGAGGAGGACCUGGUGGAGCCCCUGCGGGGGGUGGCCGGCUGCAUAGACAAGUGCUGCAAGGUGACGGAGGCCUUGAAUUCUCAGCUCUCCAGCGAUCUGAUUCCGAUUAUUCAUGAAUACGUUCUGUACAGCGAAACGCUUUCUGGCGUCCUGCGGAGAAGAGACCUGAUCCAAGCAGAACUCGAUGGCAAAGUGGACGCUCUGGUGAACAGGAAAGCCGACAAGGAGGUUCUGAAGGAAGAGAUUGAGAAACUUGAAGAUAAAGUCGAAUGUGCCAAUAAUGCUUUGAAAGCCGACUGGGAGCGAUGGACCAAAAACAUGCAAACUGACUUAAAAGCCACGUUUCUGAACAUGGCGGACAGCAGGAUCAACCACUAUGAAGAGUGCCUCGCCACGUGGGAAUCCUUCCUGUCAUCUCAGUCCUAUGACGAACAGUUUGACGCACAAGAGGACGGGUCCUGAAUACCGCGGACGAGCGGCGUAUGUCCUAUACGAGGACCCAGCUGACCAAAGAAGUGACCUUAUAUAAGGAGCAGCCGGGGCGGCGCUCACCGCGUCCACUGCCAAAACCAACGCCCUCCUCGUCUUCCCGGCUGCCAGGACUUUUUCUACGCAUGAGCGGCGCUGGGACGGGCGCCACCGAUUACUCUACCACUCGUUUUGUAUUUAGUAAUUGUCUUAAGAAUAAUGUCAAAGAAAACUUUUAAUUAAAGUGUUUAAUAGUA